GGAAGGCAGGCGAGUUGGGGCGAUGGAUGGUGGAGUCAGAAGUGUUUAAACUCUCCUUUGCAGAGCGCGGGGAGCAAAUGUAUAGUGCUGGGAAACAACACACCGAUCUCACUGAGUAUUUCACUUGGAAUUUUGAAAACGUUUGCUCUUGACUCCAGACAGGGCCGCGCAACAACAACAACAAACAUUGUGCGCGACGUUUCCUUAUACUUCCGUUUCACGUUAACAAAAGCAGCGGAGAACAGAGAAGCGACAACAACGCAGACCAGCGAGGUCAUCUGCGGAGUCUGAGGACUGUAAAAGCGGCCGCCAACAGCCUCUGACGCCCCCAGCUGUUAGACCAGGGAACUAAUCACUAGCAACCAUGGUUACAGCGUCAGUAGAGCCGAGAGCAUGCGUGAGGUCGGAGAAGAUGCGUGUGUACGUGAUUCUAUGCGUGUGCGUGUUGGUACAGAGACGUGUUUCGUCUGAAACGGUAGUUUCAGAAACAGACAGGCCUUGUGACGCACUGUACCGUGAUGGCGUCGAAGCAUAUUUGGAGGAAAGGUGGCAAGAUUGUAUUGACAAUUUUGAACGUGCGUUGUCAGUCUACCGCACGCUGAAACAGGCGACCGUGAACUGCAGAAUCAAGUGUCACGAAGAGGGAGAUGAAUCGCGGACACUCAUCGCCCAGAAAAACAUCGACGAUCUUCAGUUUUUUGAGAAGACGGUCAGGCAAACGUUAUGUUUAUUGAAGUGCGGCAGACAUAAUCCCAAAGGCGGACUGAACGGAUUACCGAAAGACGUUCAAAAAGAAUUCGAAGUCUUGAAGCCGUACGAGUAUCUGCAGCUAUGUUAUUACCAGAAAAAUUUGCUACAGAAAGCAGCAUCUGCUGUUUUUACCUACCUUGUGACCAACCCUGAGAGUGUGGUUAUGCAGGAAAAUCUGAAAUUCUAUUCCAAUCUGCCAGAGGUGGAUAUAAAUCAAGUGGUUAAUUUUGAAGCCAAGAAUUAUGUUUCCCUGUACAUCCAUGGUUCAGAAGCUUAUCAGCAUGAAGAUUACAAGUCUGUUAUUAACUACAUUGAGGAAUCUCUUCAGGAUUAUCUCAGAGGGGAAGAGGAAUGCAGAGCCUACUGUGAGGGACCAUUUGAUCAAGGGUGGUUCCCAGAUUUUGUUUCAUCUAUUGCUAAUCAUUUUACCUACAGCCUCAAGUGCAAGCGAAGAUGUCCUGACAAGUUGAAUUCUCUAAAUGGAGAAAAGCACGAAGACCUCCUAGCAAGCCACUAUCACUUUCUGCAGUUCGCAUAUUACAAAGUUGGAAAUGUGAAAAAAGCAUGUGAAGCUGUUGCAAGUUACCUGAUCUUCUACCCUGCCGAUGAAACCAUGCUGAAUAACAAGCAGUACUACACGAAACUGCCACAGGUUGAAAAGGAUUUCUUCGCGCCGAGAGAGGAGGCGAUCAGGUAUGUGAAAAGGCAGGAAUAUGAAGUCAAGCUCCUCGAUUUCAUCGAAACAGAAUUUGUUUUCCAAGAUGGCAGUGAAAAUAGAACUGAUGGCAAUGCAACAGAGAAUAAAUCCUGCGUAUCCAGAGCGAAGGACAGUAUUAUUAUGGCUGCUAUUUCAAAAUUAAAACUUUUCCCACCACCUAUUAUCAAGUUUGAGUGGCCCAAAUAUGAAGUUAAUAUUAAACCUAACACGGAAGAAUAUAUUAGAAAAUAUAGAGGGAACAUGAUCAAAGAAAAACUUGAGCAUAAGAGCAGUGUUAGAACUUCGGACGAAGAACUGGCGCGGGGCGAGAUGAGGAGGCGGAAAGAGCGGGCCGUGGGACAGCUGCGGAACGCCGCGGUCAGGAACGUACGAGCCGUGAUGGGGGAAAGGGAACUCCGAGGAAAAUACAGAUUUGUGGCUGAAGGAUUUGCUAACGAAAGUGAAUGCAAUAAAAUGAUGGAGCUGGCACAGGUGGCGGCCGUGCAAGGUGAUGGAUACAGCGGCAACAAGUCGCCACAUACAAAUUUUGAGAGGUUUGAAGGAGUUUCGUUAGGAAGAACUGCUUUGCUUGUUUAUUUAGGUUUGAUAGAAGCGGACAUAUUGGACUUGUACCUAAACUUAAGCGAAAUGGGCCGAGACUAUUUAGAGAGAUAUUUCAACCUAAAAUCUGAGCUGUACUUCACAUACACACAUCUUGUAUGCAGAACAGCACUGAAUGAAUCUCUGAGAAACAGAUCUGAUAUGAGUCACGCCGUGCACGCUGACAACUGCAAGCUUCUCGAGAGUGGAGAAUGUCUCAAGGUUCCGCCUGCAUACACAUGGAGAGACUUCAGCGCCAUUCUGUAUUUGAACGAGGAUUUUGAGGGAGGAGAAUUCAUAUUCGUCACAGACUUAACUGCAAAAAAUGUUCAGAGUCUGGUGAAGCCACGCUGCGGCAGACUGGUCGGCUUUUCGGCCGGGAGCGAGAACUUGCACGGGGUACGCGGCGUGCUGAGAGGCCGUCGCUGUGCCCUGGGGCUCUGGUUUACUUUCAGUCCCUUUUAUGAAGAGAUAGAACGAGUCUUAGCGAAGCAAGUAUUGCUCGAAGUACGACGGGGGGGCAGCAUCACAGAUCAGCUACUUCAUGAACUCGAGAAACACGUACCCGCGGGAUCCGGUACUUCUAGAACCGAAGAGCUGCUACAACGCAAGGACAGACACGCUAAGGAGAAUUCAAGUCCUCAACAGAAGUUUGGUGAGACACUUGCAAGCAGGAAGUCUCAUAAAAUUCAAAUUGAAAGGCACAAGAAUGAAAAUAUGUGCGAUCUAUAUAUGCCACAUGAAAAUUAGGUGUGUGAGGAUUAUUAGGUUAUGUAAACCAUUAUGCUACACACAUUGUGACCAAAACAGGAAAUUGUACCUAAUACACUGAUAAAAGGAAACAUAUUUCAUCCAGUAUUACAGAAAACAGGGAAAAAUGAUCAGCAUCUCAUUAACAUCAUCAUCUGAUGCGAUACGACACGACACAUCGAAACCUGCGUCAAUGCUUAACGUAAUAAGACGUAGUGUAAUUUUCAAAAAGUAUGAUAUAACCAGGAAACAUUGUAUUCAAUUGGUGCACAGCUUGAAACAUCUAAAAUCUAACCCACAGCAAGGAUAUCAUCAGAUAAAUUAUAAAGCUGGGAGGAGGGGAAGAUUUUUAGGGAUAAAUGAAUCUCCAAAUUAUGUUUAAAACGACCGGCGAUGGGCAUCAGUAGAAUCGAUGCCCCACAGUAAAAGUCUGGCCAGCAGCCCCAAGAAAUGUUGGUUUAAAUCUUCUAAAUUUUAGUAGAGGAUGCACAAUUUUGUUUGACUGUGUUAAUCACGGCAACGGGUUAAGACGCAGCUACGUCCUAGGCCAGCGGAUGUUUAGUUUUUCAAAUCAGAUUCAUGGAUAUGCAGCGUACUUCGCUGUGUUAUUUAUUUUGUUCUUAUACUUACUUUUUUACACCAGUCCUUACAGUCCUGCAUUUCAUUUUCCCCACGUGCGCACCACGAGGCCUCACGUACGCUUGCUGUAUGCGCGGUUCCUCAUUCUGCCACAGUAUUUAUCCCACUGGUUGAAGAAUGUGCGCCUGCAAACACUCAGGGUAUAUAAACAUUACGCUUGUACACACGCAUUCUCAGACUCUCACACUCGCAUGCCGAAGUGCCCUUUGAUCUGUUGUAUGGAAUUUGGUCUUUAUGUAAAGGAACGUAUUGGCGUUCUAUAACACAAAACAAUUUUAUCAGAACUUAAUACGUAAAAAAGCAGAGGCACUAUAUUAUUGCAAGCUCGCAGGCCAGUGUGAAAGUCUGAUGAAAGUGUAAAAGGACACAAACUUUCUUUCCAGUAGACUUGCAUAAGACAUCAAUCAAUACCUCAUACACAUUUGCCCAACUUUCAGAAUUUAAACUCCUCAUGACGUUAAAUAUAUGUAACUUACUGUCGUCUGUUGCUUUCUUUUUGAUCGAGCGUGACUGUGAGGUGGUAGACUUCAUUAUGAGGUUUGAUACUGUGUAAAUAUUAUAAUGAAAACAUCUUCCUAGUCACUUUAAUUAGCGGCAGCUACAGGAAAUAUUUUACUUGUGUUGGAUCUCAACGUAUCACCUUCUGUGUUUACUGUUAUUUCACUACAUGGACGUGUGUUCUUGUGCUCAAUCUCCACCGGAAGCUAAACUACCAAAGUCCUGGUCUCAAAAUUGGCAAUUGGUUAAAUUAGAAGUCACAUAAACCAAGGUACUGGACACAUUUUCAUUAACAAAAUAAUCAGGAACAUAGCUGGUGCUCAGAGAUAUGGAGAGGUUAAAAGAGAUUGUAUUUGCUCUGGCUUAUAGCCGGCUUCAACCACCCAACAUACAGACUGCCUUAAUUACAGAUGUCUGUGUAUACUCAUUGUUACUGUGAAUAAAAAUUCAACCUUGU